AGGCUUUGCGUUGAACACCCUUGAGUGAGAGGACCGCUCGGUCCACUAUGGCGGCGCCCGGCGGAGCAUUAAAUUGUGAGGACUUUUCCAUGUUUCAGGAGGUGUUGAAGCUUAUGCGCACCAUGGACGAUCGCAUCGUCCACGCUCUGAACACCACCGUGCCCACGGUCUCCUUCUCGGGCAAGGUGGACGCUACACAAACGUGCAAGCAACUGUAUGAUUCGAUGAUGGAGGCCCAUCUCAGCCGGGACAAAGCCAUCAAGGGAUGCAUCACGCACACGUCCGAGGUGGUGGCGCAGCUGCGAGAGGCAAGAGCAAAAGACAGUGCCGACACGACUCUCAUCAAACAACUCAGGAAGGAGCAAACCAAACUCAAGCUUAUGCAGUCAGAGCUGAACGUUGAGGAAGUCGUCAAUGAUAGAAGUCUGAAGGUUUUUAAUGAAAGGUGCCGAAUACACUACACGCCUCCCAAGGUGAAAUGAUGCUCAGUUCCAUCCAAAUCACUGAGACUGAACCAGAAACUGUGACCAUGCUACCGCCAUCUUGGCUCCAGAAUGACUGCUCAGAUGUCUCUCUCGAGCGCUUCCGUUUCACUCAUUUCCGUCGUCGAUUAUUGUGUUUUGAAUGACUUUCCAGUUUUAUGUUUUGUUUGGGUUUUUUUUUUUCCAAAACAAUAUACUGUACUGCACUGUUUCAAAGACAGUCCGAGUGUGCGGGGAGGAUGCAUUUUAUCGAGCACACCACCAGAGUGCAGUUGCGCAUCAACAGAAGACUUCUGGCAUGCUUUUCCACUCUCAAUCAGCUCAUCCUACCCAACUGAUUCCCAACCGGGGUGCCAUGGCACACUAGUGUGCUACAUCAGGAUUGUCAUGCGAAAUUUUCCACCUAAUUUGUCUGAAAAUGAUUUUUCCUUACACACAAAUAUAUCUUCAUCGAGCUUUGCCGUGAGAUCGUGACAGCCAGAAAACGCACUUCCAUGAGAUGGCAGAAAGGACU